AUGAGAGUGGCGUCGUCAUGGAUACCGUACCCAAACGUAAAUAGGCUCGCUACUCCUGUCGGAUGUGAAGUUGAUAACACAGACCACCCACUCAACAAAGGACACAAUGAUAGCAAUCCUUAUCGUCUCUUCGAUCUGCCAAACAGUUUGCAGCCGCAUGUUCAGAUCUUUUCGCUACCGCAGGAAUGGCUGUGGUGUGAGACAUGGUGCAGCUUAGAAACCAAAGCAACAGCGAAGACCAUUGAUCUGUGUAAUAACCCGGAAACAAAAGAACCCAAACUGAUUGCCGCAAAAAGAAUUGUGCCCGAGUGGGUGGCACUGGAUAUUGAAGUACAAGCGCUGCAUGACGAAGUACACGCCGCACCUCCUGCGCAAGUCGAAACAAAGCAGGAGCUGUAGUUGUCUACAAAGAUAGUGCCACAAUUUAACAUUAGUGCAGACUUGAAACAACAGUCUGGCCGACUGAACGCACUUCUUUGUGCCAGAAUUUUGCAAUAAACAGAGAGCAC